AUGGCUGCAGAGGGAGAUGGCACGGUUCAAGAUCCUAUCAACCGGGAGCCUGAGUCUGAAAGACUUGUUCAGAGUUUCCUGACUCCUUCCCGCACCCACGAUACUGGUCAACCUCAAGCGUAUGAUCGAAACCAUGGUCCUAUCCAACACAUCGACCCAUCUACCCACCGCUUGACGGUAAAGUCGGACGAAAUCCACCACAGCUCAGUGGUGCCAAAGCCCUUUUAUCUUGUCCUCUCCGUGGACGACCUUCGAAGACAGUUUCCCCAACACACUGUGACGUGUGCGCUGCAAUGUGCAGGAAACCGUCGCCACGAGAUGCGGAGUCGCCUGAAGGAAGUCAGUGGCAUUGAUUGGGGCGACGGUGCUGUUAUGAAUGCUGAAUGGACGGGGCCAUUACUACGCGAUGUACUCCUUCGAGCUGGACUCGUCGAGCAGAGUGAUGCCAGUGGGGACGACUACGAGGGACUUCAUGUCCAACUGGAGUGUAAUGCCACCAAAGUCCAAGAGGACGAUUGGUACGGUGGCAGCAUUCCAUUGGCGGUGGCUAUGGAUCCUGAGAGGGAGGUUGUGCUGGCACUCAAGAUGAACGGAGAACCUUUGCCCGACCGCCAAGGAGGCCCAGUCCGUGCCGUCACGCCUGGCAUCGUAGGUGCCCGCUCGGUCAAAUGGCUCGACACCAUCGUCGUGUCGCCACGCGAAUCCCCGAACCACUACCAGCAGCACGACUACAAAGUGUUGCCUCCCGAAGCAACAUCGCCAGAGAAAGCCGAGGAGCUAGGCCUGUGGAAAGAGGGCGUUGUUCCAAGUAUGCUCGAUAACGAUAUCAAUUCCGUUGUUGCAGUGCCUGGGUCCGAUGGCGCCGAGAUCCGUAGGAGGGACGCUGACGGCAAGAUCAGAAUUGCAGGAUACGCCAUCCCAAAGGGCAAGGAUGGGCCCGUGGUCAAAGUGCAAGUCAGUAUCGACCGGGGUCGGACAUGGCAUGACGCCACCAUCCACGAUGACGGAGAUGAAAACACGACACAUCCUGCCAAUAAGGGAAAGUCGCGAGGGAAAUUUAGCUGGGUGCUUUGGGAAGUGCUCAUCAAGUGUGACCCCGCUGAGGAUGUGAGUAUCUGGAGCAAAGCGACGGACAAGGGUGGGAACACCCAGAGUGAAGUUGAGGGCAGUUGGAAUCUCCGUGGUGUGGGAUAUAACGCUGUGGAAGGACGGAGAGGGAUCAAAAUUGUUUAG